ACAGCUUGAUGCUGGGAAUAGGGUGAGAUGGAGGCAGAUGACCUGCUAUGGUGACCCCUAAAGGGAGCAGCUGAAAGAAGAAAAAUGAGAAGGAGGAGGUCAGGUUGGAUUUUGGCAGACAUGGAUUCAGCCAGCAGCCUCCUGUGUGAGGAACAGUUCCUGUGUUCUAUCUGUCUGCAUGAUUUCACUGAUCCUGUCUCGACCCCAUGUGGACACAACUACUGCAAGAAUUGUAUCACUGAGUACUGGGACAACAGUAAUGUGACACAGUGUCCCCUCUGCAAGAAGAGGUUCCGCAGGAGACCUCAGCUUCAGGUCAACACAGAGUUCAGAGAUAUGGUGAAGCAUAUCAGCAGCAUGAGGGUAAAGGGUGGAGAGGAGGACCUUGCUAAACCAGGGGAGGUGCCCUGUGACGUCUGUGAUGGACCAAAGCGAAAGGCCCACAAGACGUGCCUGGUGUGUUUGACCUCAUACUGCCAGACUGACCUGGAGCCUCAUCAGAGAGUCGCGAGCCUUAAGAAGCACAAGCUGAUCGACCCUGUAUCAAACCUGAAGGACCGGGUGUGUCAGAAGCAUGACAAGCUGUUGGAGCUCUUCUGUUGCACAGACCAGGUGUGUAUUUGUUUCAUGUGCUUGAAAGACGACCAUGUGACACAUGAAACGGCCCCAUUAGAGCGUGCGUUCAGAGAGAAGAAAGCCUGGCUUGAGAAUGUAACAUCAGAAAUGAAAGAAAUGGAGAAUACCAAAUCCGGGCAUGUAAAGGAAGCCAAACACUCAGCUCAGCAGAACAAGGAAGAGUCAGAACGAGAGCUAGCAGAUAUUGUUGAGGUUUUAGGAGCUCUGGUGAGCUCUCUGCUAAAAAGACAGGACGAGCUGAUAAAGUUAAUCCAAAAGAAACACAAAGAAGUAGAAAAGCAAGCUGAAAGCCACAUAGCUCAGUUGGAAGAAGAAGUUGUUGAGCUGAGGAGGAAAAGAUCUAAAUUGACACAAUAUUUACAAACAGAAGACCAUCUCCACUUCCUGCAGAGCUGCCCAUCCCUGCAGCACCAUGCACUCAACGAGGACCUAUUUGACCCUCUGUCCCUCUCUGCGCCUCCAUUUAUACACUGCCUUUCUAAAAUGAGUCUACAGAUCUAUGUGGGGAUGGUGAAGAAGUAUGUUGCUCUGAUGGAAAGAACACUCGGUAAUGAGAUGGGCGUGCUUAUCCAUGAGCUCAAGUUGUCUGAUGACUGUGAUGCUGCUGAGCAGGCUGAUGCAGCCGAACUACUAAGAGAUGACUUUAUUCAAGAAGACUGGUUUUUAAGAGAUGAUCUUUAUGAAGAAGAGUGGAAACCACCUCAGGACAAGCUGAUGAUGAUUCAGCAGUACGAUUGGAUGGAUGUGAGUUUCAAUGGCUACAUAGCCCAUCCAAAACUCAUGGUGUGUGAGGGUGGCAAGAAGCUGAUGUUACGUACACAUGAACGGCCUUUCUCUCCUUUAUUUGAGCGGGUAUUUUUAAAUCAGCCCUACGUCCUUGCAACAGAAGGAUUUUCCUCAGGCAGAUUCUACUAUGAGGUUUGUGUCAGCGGGAGUAAAGCCUGGAUGUUGGGAGUGGUCAAAGAGUCUGUAAGCAUGCUAAUGGGUUUCCCUCCCAAGGACGAAGAGGGAGCCUGGACAUUGAGUGCAAAGUACACAGAAUCUGAGGAGCAGUAUUUCACCUGCAAUGACUUUCCUCUUUUGCAUGUGAGACAGCGACCCCAGAGAGUUGGUGUGUUUGUCGAUUAUGAGAAUGAAGAAGUCGCCUUCUAUGACGUGGAUGCCAGGACUCUGAUGUACUCCUUCAGAGAAUGUACCUUCAAUGAGAACCCAUCGGUACUAAAAGCUCUUCUAUAUUCUGUAGCAGGCUUUUCCUUAAGUAACAGGCCUAAGCUGUAUCCUAUUUUUGGAAUCUUCCCGGUGGGUUGUGAUUAUGACAACACACUUGUCAUCACUCCUGUGGGGAUCGCAACUUAAAGUGCCACAUUUAUAUCAGGGGAAAUUAAUGUUCUGCUAAAAGUCAAAUAUUAAUUUACCAAUGAGGGAUAGCCUACAUGUUUUUGGAAUAUAUAAUGCUAAGCAUUUUCUCUGUCAGACACCUCAUAACAAUUUAGAGGCAGGAGAAGUUGCAGUGGGACAUAGUCCAGGACAAAAGUCAGUGUAAGAUAAAUAUUGUUUCAAGCCAUCUGGUGUCACUGAUUUAAGAAAUAGAGAAAAAGCCAAUUAUAAAGUACACGUUGCCUUAUCAGUGUUUAACCAAAGAGUGGCAGUAUUGAUUGACUAGUGUUCUGUUUUAGCAACAGGAGCAGAGUGCCAUCAUGUGAAGGUAACUGCAUUUAGUGGCCACUUUAUUACUAAAAUUAAGACAGUAGUGACUAUUGCCUUUUUUUUUUAAAUCUAUAUGUUACUGCUUACAUGUCAUAACUUUUUUUAGUACAUGAUUUUAAUCCAAAGACUAUCAUCUGACAUACUACUCCAAAUCAUACCUGAUACUUUUUAAACCAGCUGGUUUAAUUGUUAUGGAAAUAUAUGCAUAAUGUUUCUAGAUAAAAGUGCAUUUCCUUAAAAUGAGCUCCUGUGACCUUUUGUGUUUCAGCUUUUAAUCAUCUUUUUCUUAGUGGCCAUCUCAUGUUGUUAGGCUAGCUGCAAAUAAAUCCAUCUGUGGAGGCAGAUGAGCGAAUGCACAUCUUCCUUAUUGAACUAGCGCAUAAUCUUCAUAAGAAUGAUGUUCAUAAAUCGAAUAGUGUGACACUUUGUGUUGUUUUGUUCCUUUCAUUUGUCACAUGUAUGUGGAUUUGGCAUAGCUAAAAUCU